AUGGGAAUGGAAGAACAUUUGGGAAAUUAUGAAUGGGAAAUUGUGCAAGGUGUGAUAAAAAAUCUCCCAAAGGGGACCCAAUUCCUUAUACCCAUAAUAUUUUUGAUAUCAGCAAUUUUAUCAUAUUUCCGAUAUAUUCAACCAAUGUCUUGUUUUCAACAAAAGCCUCCAUUUCCAUUUGGCUCCAUUCUUAUAGCUCCAAUUAGUAUGAAUGGAGCUACGCCACUUUAUAAAAUUCUGGAGAACAUAAUCUACCCAUUCAUCCCUUCCAUUUUGGUGAUUUUAACAAUUUUAAUAUUCUGGAAACUUCGGCAAAUUAAAUUAUUAUCCGCAUUUCAUCGAAAUCAAAAAUUGGAUUUUAAAGGAGAAAAAAACGCUAUCUAUCACUAUGAUUUUGAUCAUUCUUCCAUUGAUUUUUUCGGAAAUUUUGAUUUUUUCCGAAUUUUUAAAUUAUCGAAUCGAUUUUAUUGA